AUGUCAUUAUCUGGACAGCUCAUACAGUUGCCACCAGUUAAUCUUCCUUUAAAGGUUUCAAGCAACCCUAAAUUUAUGCCGUACUUUGAGGAUUGUAUCAGAGCAAUUGAUGGGACGCAUGUUCCAAUUAGCAUAUCUCCGAGACUACAAGACCCAUAUCGCAAUAGAAAAGGAACAUUAUCACAAAAUGUCAUGGUGGCAUGUAAUUUUGAUAAUCAAUUUGUCCAUGUUAGUGCGGGCUGGGAAGGUUCAGCUUCUGAUGCUCGAGUGCUACAAGAUGCACUAGAAAAUAAUUUAUAUGUGCCAGAGGGGAAAUUUUAUUUGGUUGAUGCAGGAUAUGCAAAUACACCUAUUUUUAUUCAAGCCAAAUGCAACCAAAGGCCACAAAAUGCUAAAGAGCUAUUCAAUCUCAGGCAUGCACAACUCCGUAAUCACAUCGAGCGCAUCAUUGGCGUUGUGAAGAAGCGUUUCCCAGUAUUGAAGUGUGCUUCACAUUACCCAAUUGAAUCUCAACCUGAUAUUGUCAUAGCAUGUUGUGCACUUCAUAACUUUAUUCGCAAUUACAAAGGGGGCGAACAAUGGUUUGACCAGCCUGAACAAGGCCUGCCCAAAGAUCCUUUUGCCCCGCCGCGGAUAGAUCAAGUGAUCGACUCCACGGCCAGCUGCGAGCUCCUGUCCUUUUUGGACGCCUACUCCGGCUACCACCCAAUCAAGCUGGACCCGGCCGACGCCCUCAAGACGUCCUUCAUCAUGCCCUUUGAGGCGUAUUGCUACAUCACCACGUCGUUCGGACUGAAGAAUGUCGGCGCCACUUUCCAACGCUGCAUGCAGAAAUGCCUGCUGCCCCAGAUCGGCCAGAAUGUGCAUGUCUACGUUGAGGACAUCGUGGUGAAGACCAAGCAGCACCUCACCCUCCUAGCCGACCUCAAGGAGACCUUCACCAAUCUGCGCCAGUACCAGAUCAAGCUCAACCCGGAGAAGUGCGUGUUUGACGUGCCAUCCAGCCAACUCCUUUCCUUGUCUCAAAGCGCGAUAUUGAGGCCAAUCCGGAGAAGAUCAAAGCCAUCGAACGCAUGCGCAAGCCGGCUCGGUUGCGCGAUGUUCAGAAGUACACCCACUGUUUGGCCUCUCUCAGCCGGUUCCUCACAUGGCCAGGCGGAGGGCCCUGCCCCUGUAUCAGCUGAUGAAGAAGACGUCGGUGUUCGAGUGGAACGACCAGGCGGACGAAGCAUUCUGCGACCUCAAGCGCAUGCUCUCCUGGUCGUGCCGGCUGAGAAGGAGCCACUAUUGCUCUACAUCACGGCAACCUCACGCGUGGUCAGCAUGGUGUUGGUGGUCGAGCGCCCUGAGGAGGGCAAGGCGCACCCAGUCCAGCGCCCUAUGUACUACCUGAGCAAGGCGCUCUCCCUCUUCAAGCAGAACUACCCCUACUACCAAAAGAUGUGCUACGACAUGUACCUUGCAGCCAAGAAGUUGACGCAGUACUUCUAG